GGCGGCCGUUCCCCUAGCGGCGCUGCGCGGCGGCGGAGCCGGCAGCGGGCAGCCUCUGGCCGCCCUGGACCGGCAGCAGCCUGGUCCCCAGCAGCGGGGAGAGGAUGGCUCUGAAGCGGAUCAAGAAGGAAUUGAGUGACCUGCAGAGGGAUCCUCCUGCCCAGUGGUCCGCAAGACCUGUGGGAGAUGAUUGGUUCUGCUGGCAGGCCACCAUCACCGGCCCGAAUGACAGUCCUUACCAAGGAGGCAUUUUCUUCCUGAACAUCCACUUUCCCACAGAUUAUCCGUUCAAACCCCCAAAGGUUGCUUUCACGACCAAAAUUUACCACCCCAACAUCCACAGCAACGGCAGCAUCUGUCUCGACGUCCUGCAGUCCCACUGGUCUCCAUCACUGACAGUGUCGGAAGUGCUCUUAUCCAUCUGCUCCCUGCUCUGCGAGCCCAACCCUGACGACCCUCUGGUGCCAGAGAUAGCUCACACCUACAAGGCCAACCGAGAGAAGUACAACAAACUGGCAAGAGAGUGGACACAGAAAUAUGCUAUGUGAGUGCCUUGGAGGUGGCACAGGGGACACUGCUCAAGAGAAGCUGAGCCCCUGGCUGAGCCUCCCAUAGGGCGUCAUCUCUUCCACGAGCAAGUGAGGGUCCCACCCUCUCCAGCCGCAGCUUGUUGGUGCCGCUCAGUCCGCGUGGCUCUGACACCGUCCCACCCUGAUGCCAAAGCACUCGUCACCGUUAGAUCUGCAGCCUCCUCGCUACCCUGGAACCAGUCCCUCCACCCGACUCACUGCUGGACUCGUGGGGGACAGUGUGCUGUCACCUCCCUACCCUGCCUCACUCAUGGUGGCAUCACGGGCCGUGGCACCACACAGCCUGGCCCUCACCUUCUGGGACUCAGUGCCAAUCUGGGCGUCCAGGGCAGAGCGGGCAGGCUUUCCUCACAUCCUGUCUGCCAUAAACCACAUCCCAAGGAGUCUCAGCUCAUCCCAGGAGGCUCCAGGGAAUUGGGAAGUGUCCCUCACACCAAGAAGCAGCAAACAAUGUCGGGGUAGAAAGCACAGAACACCCAUGAGAUGACUGUCUUCAGAAGCAAGACCUGGAGAGAUUGGGGUUUUGCCUUUCCAUGGGAAGAGUUUUUACCACCUACCUCCCUCCAUAGAGCCUACACUAAGUCCAGUGUGUGCCACCCACAGACCAGAGCACAGGGGCAGGGAGAGACUUUUAAAUGUAAAUAAAAUGUAAUUCACGCAUAACCCGAAAUGGUAA